CACAUAUAAUCAGAUACUUCUUCUUCUUCUUCUUUGUUUAUAUGGCUCCGCGUCGCCACUCGCCACACGGCCAGUAUAAUCAGAUAAAGUACACGCUCCGCACGGUAUCUUAAUUGUAAAAAGAAAUUUGUGUAGAUAUAUUUGCUGUUUGAUUUAUUCUGUUAUUGUAAUGGCCACUAGGGAACAAAUUCAAGAAUAUCUCGAUAUAAGGGAUAUUAUCGAUAUAAAAGUAAAUGCUGUUUUAAGUAAAAAUGUAUCUAUAGAUACCAUACCAGAAGGUGAAGAAAGGAAUAUGAUAAAAUUAACAGUAGCAACUGUAGAAAAAAAACAGAAAUAUUUGCACGAAAAGGUAUUAUAUAAGGAAGCAAUAAUCGAUUAUAAGGUCAAUUUCGGCUCCAACCCGAGAGCGGUAAGAAGAGUUGCAGCCAAAUGGAAACUUGAACCUACGAUUCUUAACUUGGAAAUAUAUAAACAUACUCUAACUGACUCAAAUUAUGUAUUUGAUAAAGAUAUAGAAGGAGAUUACAUUUCAUAUGCACAGGAAGAAGAAUUAUGGCAAUAUUUAAAAUGGGUGGCAGAUUGUUUGCCUUGCUCUUGUAGAGCUUGUUUUUUGAUAGAUUCUUCAGAAUAUGCUUGCGAAUUUUUCAAACGGCGGGAUAUAGAUGAUCGUUACCUGCAGUGUUUAGAUGAAGCGGCAUCAAUAGAAUGGAUAAAAAAAUUCGAAAUGAGGCACCAUGACGAAAUUUAUAACUUAUGCAAGAAGUCGUGUAAUAAGACCUGCAGUGUAGCAUCUGUAGAACCUGUAUGUAGUAUUAGCACGAAUCAAUAACAACUGUUGUCAAUGUUUUGAUGGAGAAAUUAUUUUCGAAUUAUCAAAAAAGUCUAAAAUGUUUUAUAGUCAACAAAUUUUAAUCUAUUUCGGUAUUGCAUUGUGAUGAAAUAUUAAUAU